CGAAAUGCCUCCUGCCUGUAACUUGUAGCUAACGUCUGCCUGCAUUUAAAUAACAUACAAUGGCUAGUAUCAGUAGCUAGAUUGUAUCUUAACCACCAUGUAAACUGUCUCGUCACGGAAGGCAGUAGACUAAGGAGGUAGUAGGACGAUACAGGAGGAGCUAGUUUGACAGCCCUCCGAAAAAGACGACCCGAGAAGACGCUACCCAAGCACCCGUCUCAGCCCGGUCAACUGGAGCGUUUCGUUAACAGUUUAACACCCCCAUAUGCCGGCGCCUACGCCCGUCUUCACACCCUCACGCCGGAAAAUAAGCAGGGAGGGCGGCUACGGCAGCUCCGGGGUCCCCGACACAUAGAAGCCGAGGAGAGGCACCGCUGAAAUGAGAUGAGGCUCAGAAAUGGAACUGUGGCCACUGCGAUUAUUUUCUUCACGUCGUUCCUCAGCCUGUCCUGGUACUCAGCGUGGCAGAAUGGCAAAGAGAAGCUGAUAGCGUACCAGCGGGAGUUCCAUGCCUUGAAAGAGCGCCUUCGUGUGGCCGAGCACCGGACGCUGCAGCGCUCGUCGGAGCUCAACAACAUCCUCGAGCAGUUCAGACGAGCCAUCGCCGAGUCCAACAGCAGCAAAGAUGCUCUCACAAACUUCUCAGAUGAGACACAGAAACUCCUGAAGGAGCUCUCCAACAGGAGACCCCUCCAGGUGCCAAACAUCUACCACCACCUGCCUCACCUGCUCAACAAUGAGGGCAGCCUGCACCCCGCCGUGCAGGUGGGUCUGGGCCGCACAGGAGUUACCAUGGUGAUGGGGAUCCCCACUGUGAGGCGGAAGGUGAAGUCUUACCUGUCGGAGACGCUGCGCUCGCUGAUAGACAAGCUCUCACCCGAGGAGAAGCUCGACUGCGUCAUUAUCGUCUACGUUGGGGAGACUGACGUGGACUACGUUAACAGCGUGGUAGCUGGCCUGGAGAAAGAUUCGUGCUUCCCUUCCCCAUGUCACUCAUGUAUAGUUGUAUUCUAUGUUAACUCUUUCUUCUUUGUUUUCAGAUGGCGAACAAAGCAGAAUCUGGACUACUCCUUCCUCAUGAUGUAUGCUGUGAGCAAAGGAGUUUAUUAUGUCCAGCUGGAGGAUGAUAUCGUGGCCAAGCCUAACUACUUUGCCACCAUGAAGAACUUUGCCCUGCAGCUCUCGUCGGAGGACUGGAUGAUCCUGGAGUUUUCUCAGCUGGGCUUUAUUGGAAAAAUGUUCCAGGCUCCGGACCUGAACCUCAUUGUUGAGUUCAUCUUCAUGUUCUACAAGGAGAAGCCCAUCGAUUGGCUGCUGGACCACAUCCUGUGGGUCAAAGUCUGCAACCCGGAGAAAGAUGCGAAACACUGCGAGCGGCAGAAGUCCAGCCUGCGCGUGCGCUUCAGACCCUCCCUGUUUCAACACGUGGGACUCCAUUCUUCUCUUGCUGGAAAGAUCCAGAAACUCACAGACAAGGAUUUCCUGAAGCCUCUGCUCCACAAGAUGCACGUCAACCCCCCAGCUGAGGUUUCCACUUCAGUGAAGGUGUACCAGGGUCACACGCUGGAGAAGACGUACCUGGGAGAGGACUUCUUCUGGUCCAUCACUCCGAAAGCGGGAGACUACAUCCUCUUCAAAUUUGACCGGCCUGUUAGCAUAGAGAAGUUCCUGUUCCGCAGUGGUAACCAAGAGCACCCGGGUGACAAAAUCGAGAACACUACCGUGGAAAUACUGCCUUUUUCGGUACCAGGACUUCAGACCAAAGAAAAGUACAAACGAACUGAAGACCGCUUUUACAGGAUCGGUCAGUUUGAGAAGGGUGUGGCAGAGGGAGUCGUGGACCCUUCUUUCAAUCCCAUCAUCGCUCUGCGGCUCUCGGUCAUCAAAGACUCGGCAGUGUGGGCCAUCCUCAGUGAAAUACAUAUAAAGAGGAUGGCAGGCUGACUCUGGAUCAUGAAUCACGGCCCCCCCGGGGGACCAGACUCUCCUCGAUUGCUUACGCAAGGCCUCUGGCGCCUAGCAACCAGCAGCGAAGUCAUUCGAGCCCGCUGUCUGAGGAGCGCCGCCUCCCUGUACCCUGAUCUUCGUCCGUUUGUUUUGUUUUUUGCUUCCCGUCGAUCGAUUCCUCCAUUUCUCUCUGCAUCUCUCCCUCACUCUUGUGCUCUUAAUUCAUUUCUUGAGAAUGUGAAUACUACUGUCCUGAAGAACAGCGACGGAGUGCGUGAAGGCAUUCUGCUCCGGCUCUCAAAGUCUCUGUGUUGCUCAGCGGCUUUGAACCCAAUCAGAAAAAAAGGACAAACGAGGACAAAUCAUCACAAGAAGCGGUGGUGUGAUGCUGCCAAACCCUCCUCCUCCGGUGACUCAAUGCUGCCACCUUCGGGCCAGCUGGGGCAUUGCACUGUCACUAACGCCUCAGCAAAACAGCCCUCGAUGAUGGAGAAUGUUGUCAUCGCUAACGGCCAGUCGCUCUGUUCCCGACAGAGAUGACGGAGCUCCAGAUUAACACUAGCCCAAACAAUGUUUCCCUCGCUCCCAGAGUAUUGUCCGACACACUUCAAAUACUCCACUUGUCCUGAAACACACACUCAGGACGAGCUUGUUCCAAAAUCCUGCCUGUAGCCAGUCAGUAACAACUUUGACUAAAAAUGUAGGCCACUUUCUGAGGUAACUACCCCGAUCCGUUGAGAGAAUAAGUUCCAUGACACCAUAUCUCAGCUCCUGUCUGACGGGCCGUGUGACCUCAGCGUCCAUUUACAGUAAACCAAUCAGACAUUGCCUUGGCGUCAUUUUCCCGAAGGAAUAUAUUGUUAUAUUGAUAUAUUAUUAUAGAGCUAUGACGAUCUAUGAAGGUGACUUAAUUUAUUUGAAAUAAAUCUUUAAUUUGUACAAGAGGUAAAAUAUAUUUUUAUUCUAUUGAGAGAUGUUUAUGGUAGUUCAGAGUCUGUUUUUAUUUGUGUCCUGUUGUGUUUGUUGCCUAAAUUGCUAUUAUACCGUUUCUUUCAUUAUUGCAGCUACUUGCAAACUUUUGUCUGCAGGUGCUCGGGUCAGUUCUUUUCACUUGAAGCGAAGCGUUUGAAUUUAAUUUCACUUCUUAAAAACUGAAUGGUAGGAGAGUUGAGAAUAGAUUCUGUUGAAGAAGCUGUGGGUCAAAAUUAGAAAAAAAAUUGUGCCUUAAAUCCAGGUCCCUUGAAAUUGUCUCAGCAACAUUAUUCCAAUCUCUCACUCUUGCCUACACUUUGAUUGCUGGAUAUACUAAUAUUUUUAAAAUAAUAUACACAGUCAAAUAAGUUACUGGAUGUUUAGAUCAACAUCUGAGUGAAUGCGGUUCAAAAAGGGGGGUGUUUGUUCUGAAACAGCGUGAUUUGCACAGCUUUUUUCACUUUUUUUGUUGCCAUCACACUUUUCACCAUUGUACUUAAAUUUCCCAUCUUCCCAUAGUUCAUUUCACUGAUUCCUCCAAAUCUAUAUGACAAACUAUUUUGUUCAAUCAAGUAUCUGUUUUUUGAUUGGACAGAAUAUUAUGACUACUGAUGAUUGCGCCUUUUGUUGUAAGAUUUGACUGAGGUUGUGUAGUUCUUUCACUGAUUGUAAAUAUAUAAAAAAGCAAUGAGCAUUAUCUCUCUUUAUUUCCCUCACCCUCUCUUUUCUGCCACAUGUAAUAGUUUAUUGAAAUGCAGUCGACAUGUUUUGUGUUUGUGUGUGUGUGGCCAAUAUUAUGAGUGGAUGAAGUUCACUGAUUUGAAAUGUUAGUGGUUUAUCGAAGGGGAAAGUGAAGUGCCUUUUAGUGGAAUUGUUUUUUCCUAGUCAUGCUGUUCAUGUGCAUGAUUAUUAUUUAUUUUCUCGGCCACCUCUUCAUCAGUCUUUUUUUUUAAUUGCGAGAAGAUGAGAGCUGAAUGGUGGACAUGAUUUCAAAAGUGUGAAGUCAUUUUCAGUACUAAUUACAGGACUUGCUUUCCCCUCUUGUCCUGGAUCCACGUACAGACUGAAUGCAUGAAAGCAGCAUAAACGCUCAUUAAUCGCCUUAUGACCCCCCCCUUACUGUAAUUGUUUAAAGUGGAAAUGAGAAAAAACAAUGAAAGGAACUCUUCCCCUUGAUUAAAAACAAACCCACACCCCCAUCAGUUCAUGUGCCUUCAUCAUGUACAUGUAUGCCUGCCGCUAAUGUUUGACAUCAUUUUUCAUGGACAUCUUUGAAAUAAAAGAUAAAAGUUG